AUGGAGCACUUCCCCGACGGGCACCACGUGUGGCUGCGGAGCCGCGCGCUCGGCACCUACCUGCACGCCGACACCGACGGGCAGGGCGUCUCGCUCCGCGACAGCCGCGCGUCGCUCAACGCGGCGUGGGCGGUGCAGCACGUCCACCACGGCUACGAGCUGUUCCUGCUCCUCCACGGCGCCGCCUACGGCCGCUACCUCGCCGCCACCAACACGCGCCCGCCGAUCGAGAUCCCAGGCUUCCGCGGCUGCCGCGUCGCGCAGCGCGGCUACGAGUCCCUCGAGGUGGGACCCAUCAUGUGGCAGGCCUUCGGGGUCGGGGUCCUCCCCGGGGACCACGACGUCCAGCUCCGCGGCGUCGACGGCCGCUACCUCCGCGCCAACGGGAGGCACCUCCCCUGGAACCACGGCGCCAGCGUCGACGAGUUCGACCACCUGAGCGACAUGAGGCACUGGAUCGUCGAGCCCAUCCCCGCCAGGGAGGGCAUGCCUGCCCUUCCAGGCCAGAUCAGGCCCAGCUUCCUCCAAAACCUCUCCAAGUUCGUCUUCGGCCGCGUGGUGGCAGCCGCAGACCGCAGAAGCACGCGGCUCAUUCGGUUCGUGCGGGCGGACGACGACGGCUUCUACCCCGAGGAGGAGGAGCGCUGGGCCGAGAUCCCGCUCACGGGGAGGUCCGUGCAGCACCUCAGGAACCAGUUGGCCCUCGGCGUCGCCUCCUUCGACAUCAUCAUGUGCGUCCGAGCCGGACGCUACGGGAGGCUCACCCCACUCGUCGUCGACCUGCCCAGCGGCCGCAAUGGCGACAUCAUCGAGAUCGUCGUCUACAUGGUCGGGACACCAGCCGCCAAUGGGCUGCGACACCCGGAUGUUGAUGCAGAGUAG